CUGCCAUGCUGGUUGUUCAUGCGUGGCAAUGCCAACAACGCAGGAGUUCGAUCAGCUGUUCAUUGCUGUCAAAGCUUGCUUCUCUCAAAAGCGAACACACGAUGGUCCUUCGAAGUAGAAGUUAGCUAGCUUGCUCUAGCCCAUCGUGGCCUCGCUGAAGCCAAUUGCCUUUUUCAAGGGCAACUUUGGCGUACUAGUAUUCUGCAUGUAGUAUUAUGUAGCUUUGCUCGUUUUUGAAAUGGGCCAGAUCUGUCCAUCAACCGCAUCUCCGCUUUGUGUCGGACAUCGUCAUCUUCGACACUCUCUGCUGAGCCAUGGAAGAAGUAAAGCUCCGACGGAAUUUCCCGAUCUCUCGUUUCUGCCUCCUGAAAUGGCGAUCAGUAUACUGUCUCACCUGAGUGCAACAGAGCUUUGCCUUGCAGGAUGUGUUAAUGAAUACUGGCAGGAGCUAGCGGAUAGUGAAUUGCUCUGGAAAGGGCUUUGCUAUUCUGACUGGGGCAAUAUCGACUCCUUUUUACCGGAUGGCAUGGUCCCUAUUCAAUCCUACAAGAGACUCUACUUGCUUAUGGAUGAUGGUUCAUCGUUGUUCAACGGGGAUUCUGUCAGCGGUCUGGAGUUUCUUCUGAACAAUGGUGUUGUUGGCCCAUCUGACCGGCAUAUUGGCUGUUUCUUGCAUGAGUCUCGGCGACUGCAUGCGGAUAAAGUCUUGCGACUUCUACAAGAUAGACGUGGCGUUCUGGAUGAACUGGUUGGGCUGCUUGACUUUCAUGAUGUAUUUCUUCCUGAUGCGCUACGAAAAUUUUUUACGGAGGUCCCAGCUCCAAAGGUUCGUGGUGAUUUUCUGGAACAUCUGCUGACCAAAUUCUCACGGCGUUAUUUUGAGUGCAACCGCGACAUGGGGCUGCCACAAGAUACCACCUACGUUCUGUGCUACUCUCUCAUUAUGCUGAGCGUUGACCUUGGCAGUCCGCACGUCAAGAACAAGAUGACGAAGCGGGAGUUCAUUCGCAACCUGCGCGGUGCUGUGCAGGGAACACCCGGAGACUACCUUGUCAACCUCUACGACAACAUCUAUCUACAUGGCCACGUGGCCAAAAAAUCCCACUACAAAGUCUACAACAAUGCUGACUUCUGACAUCCACAGCUUGGAGAUGCAUCCUUGUCUUGAUCACGCUGCGCUACCUCAAAGUAUUUCAUCUUUACUCCUUUUUUGGCUUUUAGGCCCGGAUUGCUUUAACCACACACCACUGCUGCCUCUCCAUCUAUCUGUCUAUCUUUCAUCACUGUCCCAGUUGACUGCAAGUAUUUGGUUAUUAGUCUGGAUACCGGUAUAUCGUUUUAGGUCGCCCUUGUACCGCUGCUCCAGAACACGCUGUUUUAUCAUUUUGAAUCCUGCUACAUUUUUUUUUAUUUCCCCGGUCUUUUUUUUAACUGCAUAAAAUUGCCUCACUCUUCUGCUGUCUGGCUGUUUUCCUAGCCUCUGCUGCUGCUGCUGUAUGCUGUGCUGCGUUCUAUUUUUAACUGGGGUGCCUUGAGUGAUCUGUUAUUUUAAUUUACCUGUGCUCGUUUUCUACAUUUCUAGCGAACUGAGCACUGAAAAUGAAAUUGAAGAUAAACGAUUUUCCUAACUGGUGUCCAAAACUA